AUGGCUCCAAGGCGCUCAGCUCGAUUGCUUGCUGCUGGUGGACUAGAGUCAGCAACAGCCCAACCGUCGUCAAAUGCCACCAAAGUGAAGAGUGGUAAGGUCCAGAGCAAUGGGGUCAGCAAAGCACGAAAGACAGCCCCGAAGGCAGGAAAGAAGAAAACGACGGCCACAUCUGAAACUACAGAUGCAUAUGCGGCUAUUUUUGGAGCAUCAGAUCUAAAGACCAGAACGAAGGAUGCUGCCUCGUCUACAAACGGCACAGCUAAACUGGAGUCCACACCACCGCCUCUUGACCGUCCUGUUGACCCUCAUAGAACAAAUGCAGCUCUCCUCACGCCACAUGGGUCAUCAUUGGUGGCAUAUCAACCAGGAGCAGAAGACGUUUCUCCCAGCAAGACUGGUCUGCCACGUCCGACGGCAACGACUGGGAAUCUCCUAGAAAAAGCAGUUGAUCACUUAAUUUCCAUAGAGCCGCGGUUGAAGCCUCUUAUAGACAAGCACCCUUGUCAUAUGUUUUCGCCCGAGGGACUGGCGGAGUCGAUCGACCCGUUUCAGAGUCUAGCCAGUAGCAUCAUUUCGCAACAGGUAUCUGGUGCAGCUGCUAAAUCAAUCAAGAACAAGUUCGUUUCUCUAUUCAACGACGAUGUGGAAGACGAAGUCUUGCGAACGCUGCGGUUUCCAACCCCAGAAGAAGUCGCCAGGUGCGACAUUGCCACCCUUCGGACAGCGGGUCUGUCACAGCGAAAAGCUGAGUACAUCCAAGGCUUGGCGGAGAAAUUUGCGACUGGCGAGUUGAGCGCGCAGAUAUUGCUAAAGGCCUCUGAUGAGGAGCUUGUUGAGAAGCUCGUGGCUGUCCGCGGGUUGGGUAAGUGGAGCGUCGAGAUGUUCGCUCUCUUUGGUCUGAAACGGACUGAUGUCUUCUCGACCACUGAUCUGGGUGUACAGAGAGGCUGCGCUGCCUUCGUAGGCCGAGACGUGAGCAAGUUGAAAGCCAAGGGAGGUGGGAAGUAUAAAUAUAUGUCUGAGAAGGACAUGCUGGAAUUGGCGGCUAAGUUUUCCCCGUAUAGGAGUUUAUUUAUGUGGUAUAUGUGGCGCGUCGAAGAGGUCAACGUAGAAGCCUUGGGAUAG